AACUUUUUAGUUUUUUAAAUUUUAAUACAAUAAAAAAUAAUUCGUUUAUAUAUGAAUACAUGCAUAAAAAAAUGCGUUGUAUCGAAUUUGAACGGAAAAGCAAGAAAAUACCUGAAAGAUGGCCCAACGUAGUAUAACAUCGUUUUUCUCAACAGUGAAUUCGAAAGAUAAAAUUGAAUCCAACAAUGCAAGUAAAAUUAACAGCACGGAUCGAAACAGUCCAAAAAAUGGCAAAAGAAAGAGAAAUAAUAGUAAAAGUAGUGACAGUAUCAGUCCUUCUCCUAUCAAAAAAUCAGAAAGUUCCUUAAAACAAAAAUCAACACCAAAAAUUAAGCUAUUAUCUAAUGAAACAUCUAUAGAAAAUGAAAAGAAAAAAACUAAAACACCAACUAGUUCUAAAAAGAAAAAAAAAAUUGAAAAAUUAGCGAAAACUCCUAAAAAAACUAAUAUAAAAAAGAUACUGAAAGAUACAAUAAAUGUAAAAGAAAAAAAAGAAAAUGAGUUGAUUGUAAAAAAUAAAAUAGAAUCAAGUCCUGAAUUUAAAUCUUCAGAAAUUUAUUGGAAGAAUAUGAUAAUAAAAUAAAUUUAAGAAAUCCUAAGGAAAAAAUUAACAAAAAAAAGUCAACAUUAAUUAAAGAAGAUAAAAUAAUUUAAUAAGUAAAAUAUAUAAAUAAAUAAGUAUAUAAUUUUAAUAUAUUUUAAUUAUUAGCUGCAAAACAAAAAGAAGGAACAAAAAAUGGUAAAGAUGAUAAAAAAAAAUCCUCCAAUUAUUCUUAUGAUCCUAGUAUUUCAAAUUAUAAUCCAAUAGAUGAUGCAUGUUGGAAACAUAAUGAAAAAGUACCAUAUAUUGCACUUACAUGCACAUUGGAACUAAUUGAAAAUACCAGUGCUCGAUUAAAAAUAAUAGAAAUAUUAUCAAAUUAUUUUCGGUCUGUUAUAGUUUGUAAAAGUUGCAAAAAGUUUAGUCCAUAUUGGAUCAUAAAGGGAAAUGUCAUGAUAAGAGUUUUCUUGAGGACUCGCACUUCAUAAUUUAAUGUAUAGGAUCGAAAUGUAAAUUACGAAGCUGAUAAUUCAAUGAUCCUUAGACGAAUAAUACUAAUACAUUUAAUAUAGACUAUAGAUGAACAAUAAAAAUCGGACGCAAAUAUAUCUUGCCUUUGUCGUAUUACAUUUCUUUAUUUUCUAUUUACUAUUACUAUUUGUAUGGUUAGGGGGUGUACGAAAUUUAAAAAAAUAUCAUAAUGUUGCCCUCUCCUUUCCGUUUUUUGCUCCAUUAUGCUCUUGCUAUCGAUAUUUUAAUAUUUUAUAUAAUCCAUUAUUCAUGAUUUUGAUUUCCGCCUUUUCAAACAUUCAAUAUACUAAUAUACAAUAUACUAUACAAUAUACUAUACUAUACUACUUGGCUAAGACUGUUCGUUGUUGUAAGAAAUAUUGCAUUUAAAUUUAUAAGAACAAAAUAUUUGGAAAGAAGCUUCAAAAAGAAUUGCACACUUUAGACCAAGAAAUACAAGAAAAAAAAAGGAAGAUAUUUUGUUAAUUUUAGGAUAAUGCGGAUAUUUAUUGUAUUAUUUUAUCAAUAGAUAAUAUAAAUAGAUGUGUUUGAAUUUCAAAAAACAUGAGAAAUAUAGUAAUGAAAAUAAUAAUUGGAA